UCUCCAAGAAUCUCCCACGAAAGACACUCUCACUAUAGAGAUAGAGAGAGGAUUUCAAGUACUGCAAAAAAAUCUUUCAACAAAGCCUACUCUGUACCCUGUACUCUGUACUCUUUAAAGCUUCAAACCCCGAGCACGCACUCCAUCUGUCUCUCUUUCUCUCUGAGAAGGUACGUUUGAAAUUCUAUAGACCACUAUCUUCAAUCCUCUACAUGGUUCAUUAAGAUUGUUAUGCGUUUGUGUCUCUCUCUCAAUAUAUAUAUCUAUAUCUAUAUAUGCAUGUGGUUAGAUAGGGUUAUAUGUAUGGUUUGAGGUUUUGAUGGGGAAAGGAAAACCAAGAGCUGUAGAGAAAGGGGUAUUAGGGCAAAAUUCUAGUGUGUUAUCAUCACCUGGGUCAUUAAUUAUACCACAAGGGCCCGUGUAUUAUCCAACUGAGGAUGAAUUUAAGGACCCUUUGGAAUUUAUUUACAAGAUCAGGCCAGAGGCUGAACCUUAUGGGAUUUGUAAAAUUGUUCCACCCAAGAGUUGGAAACCCCCAUUUGCCCUAGAUUUAGAUUCAUUCACAUUUCCCACAAAAACUCAAGCAAUUCAUCAGUUACAAGUUCGCCCUCCCCCGUGUGAUCGGAAGACGUUUGACUUAGAGUAUGAUAGCUUUUUGAAGGAACAUUGCGGUAGGAAGGUAAAGAAGAAGGUAGUGUUUGAAGGGGAAGAAUUAGAUAUCUGUAAACUAUUUAAUGCUGUGAAGCGGUAUGGGGGUUAUGACAAGGUUGUAGAGGGAAAGAAGUGGGGAGAGGUUUUUCGGUUUGUGCGGUCAACCAGGAAGAUUUCGGAGUGCGCAAAGCAUGUAUUGUGUCAGUUGUAUCGAGAGCAUUUGUACGACUAUGAGAAUUAUUAUAACAAAGCUAAGAGUUGUAAGAGAGGGUUGCAUGUUGAGAGGAACAGUGAACCGGACUUCGUUUUUUCAAGUUCUAAAAGAAGGCGGAAAAACAUGGAAGGGGAGACAGUUAAAGCAUGUAAGAUAGAGGAGAAGGUGGAAGAGCUUGAUCAGAUAUGUGAACAAUGUAGAAGUGGGUUGCAUGGGGAAGUAAUGCUAUUGUGUGAUAGGUGUAAUAGGGGGUGGCACAUUUAUUGUUUGUCACCACCCUUAAAGCAGAUCCCACCUGGUAAUUGGUAUUGCUUGGAGUGCUUGAAUUCUGAUAAAGAUAGUUUUGGUUUUGUUCCUGGUAAGUGUUUCUCGUUGGAAGCUUUUAGGCGUGUUGCUGACCGAGCCAAGAAGAAAUGGUUUGGCUCAACAUCAACCUCACGGGUGCAAUUGGAGAAAAAGUUCUGGGAAAUUGUGGAGGGAUCGGUCGGUGAGGUUGAAGUUAUGUAUGGUAGUGACCUGGAUACUUCUAAAUAUGGGAGUGGGUUUCCACGUGUCAAUGAUCAAAGACCACCAUCAGUAGAGGCUGAGCUAUGGGAUGAAUAUUGUGCAAGCCCCUGGAAUAUCAAUAACCUGCCCAAGCUACAAGGGUCAAUGCUUCGAGCUGUUCCUGAUAGCAUUGCUGGUGUCAUGGUGCCUUGGCUCUACAUUGGGAUGCUUUUCUCGUCCUUCUGCUGGCAUUUUGAAGAUCAUUGUUUCUAUUCAAUGAAUUAUCAUCACUGGGGGGAACCAAAAUGUUGGUACAGUGUCCCUGGUAGUGAAGCCCGUGCUUUUGAGAAGGUCAUGCGGAAGAGUCUACCCGAUCUAUUUGAUGUGCAACCAGAUUUGCUCUUUCAGCUUGUCACUAUGCUGAAUCCAUCUGUCCUGCAAGAAAACGGUGUUCCAGUCUACAGUGUACUGCAGGAGCCUGGGAACUUUGUCAUCACCUUCCCCAGAUCUUUCCAUGGAGGUUUCAAUUUCGGGUUGAAUUGUGCAGAGGCAGUCAAUUUUGCUCCUGCAGAUUGGCUACCUCAUGGUGGAUUUGGAGCAGAGCUAUAUCAGCUGUAUCACAAAACUGCUGUUUUAUCUCACGAGGAGCUUGUUUGUGUGGUAGCAAAGAGUGACUAUGAUAGCAAAACUUUACCUUACUUGAGGGAAGAAUUCUUUAGAAUAUAUGAGAAAGAGAGAACUUGGAGAGAGCGACUUUGGAGAAAUGGCAUUGUUAAUUCAGCUCCCAUGUCACCACGGAAGCACCCUGAAUAUGUUGGUACUGAAGAGGAUCCUACGUGCAUUAUAUGCCAUCAGUACUUGUAUCUUUCUGCUGUUGUUUGCCGCUGUAGGCCAUCUGCUUUUGUGUGUCUACAGCACUGGGAACACCUUUGUGAAUGCAAACCCAAAAAACAUUGUCUUCUUUAUCGUCAUACAUUGGCGGAAUUGAGUGACUUAGUGCUUAAGAUGGAUAGAUAUAAUUCUGAGGAGACGCUACAAAAUAGAAGCUUGCGAAGGGAACUUUUGUGUUCCAAAUCGGGUGCUUUGAUGAAAAAGGUUAAAGGUGGUCAUAUCUCUCUUUCCGAACUUGCAGAACAAUGGCUUUUGAGAUCUUGUAAGAUUCUUCAGAUUCCAUAUUCUAAAGAUGCUUAUGUUAAUGCAUUAAAGGAAGCUGAACAGUUUCUUUGGGCUGGUUCUGAAAUGGAUCCGGUGCGAGACGUGGCAAAGAACUUGAUUGAAGCUCAGAAAUGGGCAGAAAACAUAAAAGAUUGUCUUUCUAAAGUCGAGAAAUGGUCAUACCAUCACUGCCAUGAUAUAGAAAAAGUGCAUUUGGAACAUGUUACCAAUUUGCUUUGUUUUAACCCUUUGCCUUGUAAUGAGCCCAAGAAUCUUAAAUUGAAGAAUUAUGAAGAAAAAGCUGGUGUGCUUAUUCAGGAAAUUGAUUCUGCUCUCUCCUCGUGCUCAAAAGCUUCUAUUACUGAUUGGGAAGUCCUGUACUCGAAGGUUCGUGACUUUCCAAUCUAUCUAAAAGAUGGUGAAAAAUUAGCAAGAAAGCUAUCUUUUGCAAAGGUCUGGUUAGAUAGUGUGAAGAGAUGCAUAUCAGAAAAACAUCCUGCUACAAUUGAGGUUGAUAUACUGUACAAGUUAAAGUCAGAGAUUUCGGAGCUUCAAGUUCAACUCCCUGAAGCUGACAUGCUUUUGGAUUUAAUAAAGCUAGUUGAAUCUCGUCGUGCUCGGUGCAAUGAGAUGUUGACAGGACCUAUUAAUCUAAAGAAUCUUGAAGUGCUCCUCCAAGACUUGGAUGGUUGCACUGUUAAUAUUCCGGAGUUAAACCUGUUGAGGCAAUAUCACAGUGAUGCUGUAUCAUGGCUUUCCCGCUUUAAUGCUGUUCUAAUGAGCGUUGAUGAACGGGAGGAUCAAGAACAUGUUGUCGAAGAGUUAAUUUGUAUUCAGAAAGAUGCAAUGCUGUUGAAAAUUCAAGUUGGCGAGUUACCUUGCGUUGAGGUUGAGUUGAAGAAGGCUUGUUGCAGGGUUAAAGCUCUUAAGGCACUUGGGACUAAAAUGUCUUUGGACUUCAUCCAGCAACUAAUAAUGGAAGCAACUGUAUUGCAGAUUGAGAAAGAGAAGUUUUUUGUUGAUAUUUCUGGGGUACUUGCGACAGCUAUGUGUUGGGAAGAAAAAGCAGUACAUAUUCUUGGAAGUGAGGCUCAGAUGUCCGACUUUGAGGAUGUUAUAAGGACUUCUGAGGACAUACUUGUUAUUCUACCUUCUCUUGAUGUUGUCAAGGAUGCAGUAUCUAUGACUAAGUCUUGGUUACAGAAGUCUAAGCCUUACUUAGAGGCCGAUUUAACUGUGAUGCGUGCCUCAAGUUCUCUCAAAGUUGAGGCCCUCAAGGAAUUAGUUUCUCAGUCAAUGCUUCUGAAGGUAUCUAUGGGCGAAAGAACAAUGCUUCAAACAGUAUUAAAGAAUUGCAUCCAUUGGGAGCAUGAUGCUUAUUCUCUACUGUGUGAUGCAGACUGCCUUUUACAUAGUAAUACAAUUGGUGAUGGAAAUACCAGUGACCUUACUUUUAAAAUUGAGCACAUAGUUGCUAAAAUAAACUCAAUUAUAAAAGCUGGUUUCUCUCUUCAUUUCGAAUUUGCGGAGAUUCCGAAACUUCAAGAUGCCUGUUCUACACUCCAAUGGUGCUUCAAGGCUCUUUCUCUCUGUUCUAUAGCUCCUCCACCUGAGGAAGUUGAGAUGCUGAUGCAGGAUGCAUACCACCUCCCAUUUACAUGCGCAUCUAGUGCUUUGUGUAGUUCUUUGAUGGAUGGAAUAAAUUGGCUUAAGAAAGCCUUGGAGAUUCCUUUGCUAUGCAAUUGUAGAAGAUUCAAGUUGGAUGAUGCUAAAGAAAUUCUUUUGCAGUCUCAGAGACUUGAAGUAUCAUUUCCGGUGGUUGUUUGUCAACUUGGAACUGCUAUUGAGAAACACGAUUUGUGGCUAGAGAAAGUGCAUUGUUUUUUCAGCAUUACAUCCGGGGAUCGAUCUUGGUUUUCAUUGUUACAGCUCAAGGAAAUUGGAAGCUCUGAUGCCUUCAGUUGCCCAGAGCUGGACAUGGUUUUAUCCGAAGUACAAAAGGUAGAGCAGUGGAAGCAGUGCUGCAAGGACAUUGUCGGGCAUUCAGUUCUAGAUAUAAACAUGCUGCUUAAUUCACUAUCAGAGAUAGAGACUACUCUUGAUAGAUCCUUAUACAUUUAUGGUGUGUCUAUGGGCUGCAAAGCAAGAGAUUUAUGCAUGUGCUGCUCCAGUGGUUUUGAAGCUCAGGAAUUUUUAACUUGUUCUUUGUGCAAGGACUGCUACCAUUUAGGGUGCGUUGGACAAGCUUACACGAGAGAUGUGACAUUAUUUAUAUGUCCAUAUUGCCAACUUGUGGAAGGUGGAGAAUACUCUCGAAAUGGGGGUGGUCCUAUGAAAUUUAAAGGGAAGCGUCCUGAACUGAGUAAGCUCAUUGAGCUUUUAUCUGAUGCUGAGGAUUUCUGUGUACGGAUUGAGGAAAGAAUUAUAGUUUGCCAACUCGUGGAGAAAGCACUUGCAUGCAAAGCUUACUUAAAAGAAAUAGUGGAUUUUGUGCUUGAUUAUCUUGGUGAAGAUCUUAGCACAGUUGCUCAAAAACUCUCUGUUGCUUUAAAGGCUGUUGAAACAGCGGGUGUGCAUGAUCAUCAGGGUAACUGCAAUUUUGAGAUGGCAUUAGCAAGAAAUUCAUGGAGAGUAACAGCCAAUAAACUCUUGGAUUGUUCACAGAGACCUCCCAUUUUAGUAAUCCAGUGUCAUUUGAAAGAGGGACUGGCUAUAAGCAUACCCCCUGAGGAUCACUUCAUGCAGAAACUUACAGAAGUGAAGAACAUUGGCAUUCAAUGGGCAGACAAGGCCAAGAAGGUUUCUAUGGAUUCUGGGGCACUUGCAUUGGAUAAAGUUUUUGAACUUAUUACUGAGGGUGAAAAUCUGGCCCUUCACUUUGAAGCAGAACUUAAGUUAUUAAGAGAUCGAAGUUUGCUGUACUGUAUAUGUCGGAAGCCUUAUGAUCAGAGAGCAAUGAUUGCUUGUGACAAAUGUGAUGAGUGGUAUCACUUCGAUUGCAUUAAAUUAUCUUCACCUCCAAAAAUUUACAUCUGCCCUGCAUGUAAGCUUAAGACAGAGGAGGACUUGUCUAUGUCACAACUGAUAACUGCAAAGAGUUCAACUGGCGGCAAAUUUGAGGAGCCUCAAACUCCCUCUCCUCAGCGCACAGAAUUGAGAAGGAAUUUGAAAAACCUGGAGGCCAGUGCUAAGCGAAAGAUGCUGGUGAGUGCGGAUGACAGUAAACAGUCGAGGGGUUCUAGUGUGAUUGAGUGUUUGAUGUGGAGAAAUCGUAAGCCUUUCAGAAGAUCGGCCAAGAAACGUGCAGAGCUUGAUUGUCUCUCCUCAUUCUUUCAUGUACAACAUUAAAGUGUUAAUAAAUAUAAAUCAUUUAAUUUAUUCAUUUAGUCCCUCCAUUUCUUUUAAUUAGCUGAUGCCUGCCCAAUGUGUAAUACUGCCUUUUCCUUUUUUGUUAUUCGGUUUUAGUAUUCCCAUUAUUGUUUGACUAAACUUGGUUCUAUAGAGGGAGGACUAGGAUUAAAAAGUUAGGAAGGGACUCGCACUAAGCAUCUUAUCAAGUAAUAAUGAGUAUUUACCACGUAUGGAGUGAUUUUGCUGUCA